AUUCAAGAUGGCGGCAGAUUUGAGUUGUUCUGAAAAAGAGACGCUUUCAAAUAUACUGCAGGUAUUUAAGAGAAAUAACUUGUUUUAAUUCGAUGAAUUGUUGCUUAUGUUAGCAGAAUUUCUCUAGCUUUAGUUAUUUUUGAUAAUACAAUUGAAAUAUGGAUAUCUGUGGCGAAUUAAACUAUGAAAUUUUCAAGUUUUGAAACUAGUAUAUAUAAAAUGUUUCAAUCCAUCAUCCAUGCUUUGACAUUCGUUUUACAAUGCAUUGACAUGUAUGUAUGUACGUCUUUAGUCUGGUUUUUCUGUCUGUCAAUCUAUAUGAUGUUUUAAACUGUACCAGUCGGCCGAAAUAUUUUAACAAAAAUAUGUUUAAGGCCACUAUUUGUUGUAUAUUAGUUUCUCAUCCCCGCCCGCAUGCUUUUUAAGAAAAUUGUUUUGUUCGCCAUUAUUGCCAUUAUUGUCGUAUUUGACCAUUAUUCAUAAAUUUUGUGAUGUCUUCAAAGUGACAUUUGAGAGAAAGACAAUUAGAAACAUUCCCAAACCAAAUGUUAUAGUUAAAAUACGAAAUUUCCUAACCAAACUGAUAGUUUUUCCCGCAUUAUGUAAUAUGUGACACGCUUAUUAAAUAUCCAAACUCAGUUACGUCUCGUUCUGGGUACAAAAUUAUUUUACAUGUGGAGUGGCCAUGUUUUUAAUAUGAAAACACGCUUUCAGUUGCACUUACUGAUUUUGUGCUGUUUUUCAGCAAGUUGCAGAUGUAUAAAACCCGGCAUUACACACGCACUGUAUAUUAAAUGCUUAUAAAUGCUUGCAAAAUAAAUUUUACGGGGAGUAGAGGGGAAAUCCGGCAAAUAAUGGCAUAAUGGUAAUGGCCCACCCGCCUGCAUCAACUUUAGGAGAAGCCCUGGAUGAGAAACUAAUAUACAACAAAUAGUGGCUUAAUAUUGGAUAGCUUGCCAAAAUAGUUUUUAUGAACAAUUUUUAAUAGUAGAGUACAUUCCAUGUUAUCAUUUUAUUUUAUACAUUUUGGAUAUAAAAUAAUAUAUUUUCAGGGUAUUCAGAGGGAUAUCAAUUGUCUUUCUGAGGACAAUAAAUCUACCAGAAAAAGAGCAAUAGAAAAAAUCAGCAAGGAACUAAUAAAAAAGAAGCCGCCAUUAAACUCUGGUGUGCUGCAAGAAUGUCUUGAGUCUAUUAUCAAGCCUGUGCUGAAGAUAUUCUCUGAUCCAUCUGAGAAAUGUCGAGAGCUGUCAAUACAAAUUGUUUUGGAGUAAGUAUACUAAGUACUGUUUUGCCUAUACUACUACUGUUUUGGAGUAAGUAAUCUCUUUUCUUUUACUCUUUUUACCGAGAUAUUUGAUGAUCGUUUCCCCGGGUGUAAAUAGCCGGGGGGAAUUAGUACCCUCGCACGGCGCUUCGCGCUGUCGGCUCGGGGAUUAUUAUUUCUAUAAAGAAUAUUGCAAAAAAUAUAAUUAUGGAGAAAGAUUGAGUGAUCAAAAAACUCAUUUGAAGAUUAAGUUUCUACAACCCUACACCACUAGUAGAAAUGUGCUUGAAUGUAUAAAUCCCUUCCAUUGUACCGUUCACCCAAGUUAGCCCUAGUUUUUUCAAAGUAUAGUCAUGUAUUUUAUAAAAUAUGCAAUUCAAUUAUCGUAGUGCAUCAUCCUAUGUGCAAGACAUGUCGGCGUUUCUACCAUACAUCAUUCCCACUUGUGUCCAACGCCUGGGCCAACAGGAAAUCAUUGAAACGUGUGAAGAAUUGAGAUUGCUAUUGCUGGAAUUAUUGAUUGCCUUGGUUGAAGUGUGUAGAGAAAAAAUGGUGAUGUACAUUGAUGAUCUGGUCAAAAUUUUACAGAAAACCAUUGCAGACCCUUUUCAUCACGUCAAAAAGGUAAGAUGUUAA